CGUGAGUGAGCAACGAAGCACGAGGGGAAAAUCUCUUCCCCCUCCCCCACCCAAAACCAAAAAAAAAAAAAAAAAAAAAAAUCCAAACCAAAUAUUCAAUAAAUUUAUUCAUAUUUUUCUUCUCUAAUUUCCGAUUUGACUCAACGCAGAGAUGGGCUGAGGAGAAGAGAAGGAUUUCUCACAGAUAACGAUGUAACCAACGGUGGAGAAACUCUUGGUCUUCUAAAACCACUACAAGGGAUUCAUGGAAGUUUAAUCCUUUACGAGACUCAGCAAAUUGCCCUCAACAAUGAUAGAUCACUACUUGUGCCUUCAUUUGAUACUCAUCUCUCUCCUCCUCUGUUUUCUCCCUACCUCAAACUCCCAAGAGGUGGAAGUUCAUGCUCUGCUCCAGUUCAAGAGCAACUUAAAUGAUCCUCUACAUCAUCUUGAUAGCUGGACCGAGUCCAAUUCUCCCUGCCACUUCCUGGGGGUAAGUUGUGAUUCCACUUCCGGCGAGGUGGUCGGAAUUUCACUGUCGAACCGGAACCUCUCCGGCAAGAUUUCGCCUUCCAUCUCCGCACUCCGUAAGCUAACCUAUCUUGUGCUUGACACCAAUGCGAUCUCCGGCACCAUCCCUCCUCAGCUGAGUAGUUGCACUAGUCUUAAGGUCCUCAAUCUAUCAGCAAACAGUUUAACUGGCCCGUUGCCGGAUCUUUCGUCCUUGAACAACUUAGAAAUUCUCGAUCUUUCCAUCAAUGGAUUUUCCGGUCAUUUCCCCGAAUGGAUCGGAAAUUUGUCGGGUCUGAUUUCAUUAGGCCUUGCUGGAAAUGACUUCGACGAAGGGGAGAUCCCGCCAAACAUAGGGAAUUUGAAAAACCUGACAUUGCUUUACUGGGCAAACUGUAAUCUGACAGGGGAAAUCCCGCCGUCAGUAUUCGAAUUGACAUCACUGCAGACUUUGGAUCUUUCCAAUAACAAUAUUUCUGGGGAUUUCCCGAAAGACAUUUCCAAGUUGCGCAAUCUGUACAAGAUCGAGCUGUACCGGAAUAACUUGAAGGGAGAGAUCCCGCCCGCGCUAGCGAAUCUCACAAAUUUGCAUGAAUUCGAUAUAUCUCAGAAUCAGAUGAGUGGGGAAAUUCCUGCCGAACUGGGUAGUCUGAAGAACUUAACAGUGAUCCAAUUGUUCAGAAAUAACUUUCGCGGUGAGAUCCCAAAGGAGUGGGGGGACUUGGAAUAUCUAAAUGGGUUUUCAAUCUACGAGAAUACUUUCUCGGGAGAAUUCCCGCCCAAUUUCGGCCGGUUCGCGCCUCUCAACAGUCUGGACAUAUCAGAGAACAACUUCUCCGGCGAGUUUCCGAGGUUCUUAUGCCGAAACAACAAUCUGAAUUUUCUUCUUGCACUCGACAAUAAUUUCUCAGGUGAAUUUCCCGAAUCCUACGCCGACUGCAAGACCCUUGUAAGGUUCAGGAUAAGUCAAAAUCAGUUCACGGGAAAACUUCCAGAUGGUUUGUGGGCAUUACCAAAUGCGACCAUUAUCGACAUCUCAGAUAAUAAUUUUGUUGGAGGGAUUUCGUCAGAGAUCGGGAAAUCGGUUAACUUGAAUCAGCUCUGUGUACAAAACAACAAGCUCUCCGGUGAAAUUCCCGCUGAAAUAGGAAAUCUCAUGCAGUUACAGAAGUUGUAUGCAUCAAACAAUUCCUUUUCUGGUAGCAUACCAUCUGAGAUUGGCAACCUGAAUCAAUUAACAUCUUUGCAUUUAGAGGACAAUUCUCUCUCUGGAUCUUUGCCAUCUGAGCUUGGUUUGUGCAGUAGAUUAGUCGAGAUCGAUCUUUCGCAGAAUUCAUUGACCGGCACAAUACCAAAUUCACUUUCGUUCUUGGCGUCUCUCAACUCGAUUAAUCUCUCACAGAAUUUGAUCUCGGGUUCGAUCCCGGAUGGCCUACAGGCACUCAAACUGAGCUCAAUAGAUUUCUCGAGAAAUCGGUUAACGGGGCAGGUCCCGCCGGGCCUUCUCAUGAUAGCUGGAGAGGAAGCAUUUGACGGGAAUCCGGGGUUAUGUAUUGUGGGAAAAUCGGGAAGCAGAUGGGAUCCUGAGUUGGGUAUGUGCAAAAUGGAUAAUACACACAAAGAUAUAUUUGCAAAGAAACUGCUUAUUGUGCCAGCAAUUUUAUUAGCUUUGUUGUUCCUGUUAGCUGGAUUAGUAUUCAUAAGCUAUCGGAGCUUCAAACUUGAAGAAUCACUUAGAAUGGAGGAGGGAAAGGAUGGCAAUAAGUGGAAACUCGAAUCUUUCCAUCCGCCGGAGAUUGAUGCAGAAGAAAUUUGUAAGUUGGAUGAAGGGAAUGUAAUUGGAAGCGGCGGAACCGGUAAAGUUUACCGACUCGAAUUAAAGAAUAGAGGAGCAGUCGCGGUGAAACAAUUAUGGAAAGGUAAUGGGGAAAAAGCUUUGAUGGCUGAGAUGGAUAUACUAGGAAAGAUUCGGCAUCGGAAUAUCGUAAAGCUUUACGCCUGCUUGACUAAAGGGGAGCUUAACUACAUUGUGUAUGAGUACAUGCCUAAUGGGAACCUUCAUCAAGCUCUUCGUCGUGAAAUUAAAGGCGGUCGGACGGAGUUGGACUGGAAUAAGAGGUAUAAUAUUGCUUUGGGUGCAGCAAAGGGAAUCAUGUAUCUUCAUCAUGAUUGUUCGCCUGCGAUUAUACACAGAGACAUUAAAUCGACGAAUAUAUUGCUCGACGAGGAAUACGAAGCGAAGAUUGCUGAUUUUGGGAUUGCGAAGAUAGCUGAAGCCUCUGAAUUCAGUUGUUUUGCUGGUACUCACGGCUACAUUGCGCCAGAACUCGCAUAUUCUCUCAAGGCGACAGAAAAGACCGAUGUCUACAGCUUUGGAGUGGUCCUGCUGGAAUUGCUAACUGGCCUUAGCGCAUUUGAGCCGCAGUUUGGUGAAGGGAACGACAUUGUCUGUUGGGUCUCGGCGCAUCUCAACUCCCAAAAUUCUUCGCAGGUUCUUGACCCCAGAGUUCCGAUCUCUGCAAAAGAUGACAUGAUCAAAGUGUUAAAAAUCGCCGCCCUUUGCAUUACAAAGUUACCGACCACGCGCCCUACAAUGAGAGAGGUGGUGAAUAUGCUCAUUGAUGCUGAUCCUUGCAAUGUUCUCAGGCUGAGGAACUGCAAAGAACUGCAAUAAGAACUGCCAGUUUUUGAAAGCAGGUAAUCUGUAGAUAAGUUAUUGGUGGUUAUGUUGAUCAGCCCCUUUAGAUCAUAGUAACUUGCGUUUGUAAUUUAUAUUUAGUUUAGUCAGUGUAAUUUCUUCGCACUAUUGGCUCUUUAAGAAUUUGUAUCUUUAAGACAUUUGUAUCUGUAUAAUUAGAAAUAUAACCAUAAGACUCAUAAACUAGUACAAGAAACAUCAUGUCUUUCUUGUCACAUUAUCUCAUAAGCACAACUAUGGGAAUUUGGUAUUGUGCUUGUUUUUCUCUUUUUUAA